UCCAUAAUAGCUCUUGCGCUUUAUACAUUUUCUCCAUCAUUUCUCGUCUUCUAUGGCAGUCGAGGUUUCCCGUCCGUUGGCGAAUUAUCCACCAGCACUGUGGGACUACGAUGCUAUGGCUUCCCUAUCUUCAAAUGACUCAGGGCUCGAAUCAUACACGAAACAAGUGGAAGAGCUGAAAGUGCAAGUAAAAGACUUGUUGAUGGCUUCUUCUACAAUUGAUCCAGCUGAAAGAGUGAAAUUAAUCGACAUGCUAUGCCGGCUUGGUGUAUCGUAUCAUUUUGAGAGUGAGAUUGAAGAUCAAAUGAAUCAAAUCUUUGAUCUUGUCAAGUCUAAAGCUCUUGAUGACAAUGAUUACGACCUAUGCACUGUUGCACUUCUGUUUCGCGCAUUUAGACAACACGGUUACAAAAUUUCUAGCGACUUUUUCGAGAAAUUCAAGGAUAAUGAUGGCAACUUCAUGUCGAGUUUAUUGACCGAUGUCAAGGGCAUGCUAAGUUUAUAUGAAGCGGCCCAUCUGAGUAUGCAUGGAGAAGAAUUCCUAGAUGAAGCAAUUGCUUAUGCAAGGACUAAUCUUAUGUCCAUGGCAAGCCAAUGUAGCCCUCAUCUUCAAAACCACAUAGCUAAUGUCUUGGAACAAUCCUUUCAUAGGGGUAUACCAAGAAUAGAAGCAAGGAAAUAUAUUUCUUUCUACGAAAGAGAUGAGGCUCGUAACGAACUCUUGCUCAAGUUUGCAAAGAUUGAUUUCCAUCGAUUGCAGUUACUCCAUCGACGAGAGUUGAGUGAAGUUGCAAGGUGGUACAAGGGUUUGAACGCUAAGAAAAAUUUCUUUUACGCGAGAGACAGACUCGUAGAAACGUAUCUGUGGAGCGUUUCGGUCUACUUUGAGCCACAUUAUGCACGUGCACGGAUUUUUCUCACCAAAAUUAUAACCUUACUGACAAUCACAGAUGAUACAUAUGAUGCAUAUGGUACCAUUGAUGAACUUCGACCAUUCACCGAUGCAAUGCAGAGGUGGGAUAUCAGUGCUAUUGAUCAAGUACCAGAUAAUAUGAAGUUUCUGUAUAAGACCAUUUUAGAUCUUUAUAAUGGAUUUGAGGAUGAGUUAAGAAAUGAAGGAAGAUCACAUUGUGUCUCUUAUGUGAAGGAAGCGGUGAAAAGAGUGAUUAGGUGCUAUCAAAUUGAGGUUGAGUGGUUGAACAAAGGUCACGUACCACCAUUUGAGGAGAACUUUGAAAACUCAUUGAUCUCAAGCUGUUACAAUGCAAUCCCAACUGGAGCUCUAUUAGGAAUGGGAGAAAUCGCUGGGACGGAGGCAUUGGACUGGAUUACUGGGGUUCCGAAAAUCAAUCGAGCAUCAAUGAUGAUUAGUCGUCUCAUGGAUGACAUAGUAUCCCCAGAGCAUGAGAAGCAGCGGGGACACGUCGCGACGGGGAUAGAGUGCUACAUGAAGCAAUACAAUGUAUCGGAGGAAGAGGUGAUCGAAAUCUUCGAGAAAAACAUCGCUAAGUCAUGGAAGGAUGUGAAUGAAUUAUGCAUCAAACCAACCGAGGUUCCAAUUCCUAUCCAAAUGCCAGUUCUUAACCUGGCUCGAAUAAUGGAUGUUCUUUACAAGUAUCAAGAUGCUUAUAGCAUAAAUCCAGGGAGACUGAAAGGUUUUGUCGAGAUGUUGUUCCUUGAACAAGUUCCUAUGUGA